ACUGGCACACUGAGCUCUGACAGAGUCUAGAGAGGGUAUUACUGCGUUAUUCACAGAUUAUAUGCCUGGCCGCAAUGAAACUUUGCCUGUUCUGCCUCUAGCUCUUUCAUACAGAGAUAUCACACACCAUGAGGAUGUAACUGGACCUCAAUGAUUGCACUGGGUUAUUAAGGAGACGAACAGUACAGACAGCAGUCAACAUUUUGAGUGGCGGUGAAUAAGCAGGAAGGAUGCAGUGUGGUGUGAUGCUGUGUGUCCUGCUGCUGAUACUGUCCUCUAGUGCUAGAAACCAGAAGAGAAGAAAAAACAGACAGAAGCCAGACAACAGUGUCAUGCAGAAUGAAGUCAAAACUCUGUUCUGUCCAGUGGAGUUGGCGUUUUUAGUGGACAGUUCAGAGAAAGCCAAAAUGCUUCUGUUUGAGAGGCAGAGGGAGUUCGUGGUGCGCUUCAGCACCAGGCUGAUGCAGCUACAGGUGUCGGGCUGGCGUAUGCGGGUGAGACUCGCCCUCCUGCAGUACAGCAGCACCGUCUCAGUGGAGCACAACUUCCGCGACUGGCAGGACAUUGACGUGUUCCACAGCCAAGUGGAUGCCAUGACUUACAUCGGCCAUGGCACCUACUCAGCUUACGCCAUCUCAAACGCCACUCGGCUCUUCACCCGCGAGACGUCGCCCAGCAGCCUAAGAGCAGCGCUUCUGUUGACGGAAGGGGUGGACCACCCGCGCAGCCCCAGUGCUGUGAGUGCAGCCGCAGAUGCCAAGAACCACAACAUCCGUAUGUUUGUCAUUGGGCUGUCGGGAUCCACACGAGAUGAGCAGGACAAUGGUAGACUGAGGUCCAUCGCCAGCGCACCGCCUCAGCAGCACCUGUUCAGCCUCACUGACCCACAGCUGGAUGACAAGCUCUUCAGGGAACUGAGUGAACUUGCGAACACAGUUUGUCCACAACCCAAAUCUUGUCAGUGUGAAAAAGGAGAGAGAGGUCCUCCCGGAAAUCCAGUGAGUUUAUAUCAACACUGUGGCGGGAAAGGAGAAUGUGGCGCCCCAGGGAUGAAAGGAGAUCAAGGCCCGGACGGACCCCCAGGACCACGUGGACCACGAGGAGAUCAGGGACUGAGUGGAAACCCUGGCGACUCUGGCCCUGAGGGCCCCGUCGGACCUAAAGGUAAGCGAGGACCUAGCGGACCCACCGGCCCUCCAGGGGACCCAGGGGUUGGGUUUCCUGGUGCAAAGGGGGAAAAGGGUGGCCAAGGCAGACCUGGGCCGACUGGGCCAGUUGGUAUCGGCGAGCCAGGACUGCCUGGCCCACCAGGACCUUCAGGAGUUCAAGGCAACCAAGGGUUUCCCGGAGAGGGUUUACCAGGACCAAAGGGUGACAGAGGAUUUGAGGGUCCUAAGGGUGGACGUGGACCUCCUGGGAUUAGCAUCAAGGGUGAUAAGGGUAACACAGGGGAAGCGGGUUUGCCUGGACUGAUGGGAUUUCCAGGAGUUGGGCUCCAGGGUGAAAAGGGAGACCCGGGACCCAUAGGACCACCUGGCCCAAGAGGCCCUCCUGGAGUGGGCAUGGUGGGAACUAAGGGUGAUCAGGGCUUUCCAGGAGAAUCUGGACCACAAGGUGAGAGAGGAAUAGGAGAACCAGGACCAAAAGGAGAACCAGGCCCAGACGGAGCACCUGGUAUUCCUGGUAUCCCAGGUGAAGAUGGAUCUGUGGGUCCAAAGGGUGAGGUGGGUUUACCUGGUGCUCGAGGUUCAGAGGGCUCAGCCGGGAGAGGUAUUCCUGGUGAGAAGGGGGACCGAGGGGACAGAGGACCUCUGGGUCUCCCAGGAAGUGCAGGAGCAGCAGGACCCCCAGGGGCCAAGGGAGAACCAGGAAGUUUAGGUAUGAUGGGUUUACGAGGACCUCCAGGUCGAGGAUUACCUGGUUCAAAGGGAGAGCCAGGACCUGCAGGCCCCACGGGUCCUGUUGGAGAGCCAGGUGUUGGGACCACAGGCCCUAAGGGUGACAGAGGAAGUCCAGGACAAGUGGGGCCACAAGGAAUGAAGGGGGAGGGUUACCCCGGACCACAGGGGCUUCCAGGGUUGCCUGGGCCGCCAGGUGAAGUUGGACCUGAAGGACAAGGAAUUCCUGGACCAAAGGGAGACCGGGGCUCACCUGGAACGACCGGCCCUUCAGGGCCUCCAGGGAUUGGACUGAUGGGACCAAAGGGUGCAGUUGGCCAGCCUGGUGCUCCUGGUCUUCCAGGACCUCAAGGAGAGGGAAUUCAGGGUCCCAAGGGAGAUCCUGGGUUUCAAGGGCCCCCUGGCCCUAGAGGGCCUCCAGGUGAUGGUCUGCCUGGAGAGAAGGGUAACAGGGGCCUAGCAGGGGAACGUGGGAGAAAAGGAGAGGGAGGAGAACAUGGAAUGCCUGGACAAACAGGAGCCAAGGGAAAACCAGGAGAGAAGGGAGAGCCCGGCCUAUCUAGAGACCAGGUGAUCAGAAUAAUCCGGGAAAUAUGUGGAUGUGGUCUGAAGUGCAGGACGAGUCCUCUGGAGCUGGUCUUUAUCAUCGACAGCUCAGAGAGUAUAGGUCCGGAGAACUUUGAUCUGGUGAAGGAUUUCGUGAAUGCUCUGAUCGAUCGCGUGUCCGUGAGCCAUGAAGCCACACGUGUUGGGGUGGUGCUCUUCAGUCACAUGGACGUGGUGGUGACCAGCCUACAACAUCUCUCCGACCAGGCAAGUGUUAAAGCUGCUGUGCGCAGGAUGCCGUACCUGGGCGAGGGCACCUUCACGGGCAGCGCCAUCCACCGGGCCACUCAGCUCUUCCGAGCAGCACGGCCAGGCGUAAGAAAGGUUGCGGUCGUUCUGACGGACGGUCAGGCUGACAAGCGGGAUGCAGUGAGGUUGAAAGACGCCGCGGAAGAGGCUCACAAUGCUGGGAUUGAAAUCUUCGUAGUUGGCAUCGUGAACAGCAGUGAUGCCCAGUAUACAGAGUUUAAGAUUGAGAUGAACAUUUUGGCAUCUGAUCCUGAUGAACAUUAUGUCUACUUGAUUGGUGACUUCAUGAGCCUGCACACACUGGAGAGUAAACUGCUGAGUCAGAUCUGUGAGAGUGUUGAUGGACCGCUCUUCAGUCUGAACGGCAAAACAUUCCCUCCAGUUGAGCCUGAGCCAGUUCCAUACAGAACUGAGGCUCCCACCAGGAGUUAUUUCAUCACAGAGGACAAAGAGGAUGCACUUCCAACAGAGUUUGAGAUCACUUCUUCUCCAGAUGACUAUGACGACAUGCAUAUUGACAACAACUGGACGCCCUUUGUUGAUGGGUUUUUAAAUGAGCUUCCUAAGGUGACAGAUGCCCCAGUUGGAGAUAAGACGAGACAAUCCUCCAUCUCAGUAUUGGGACCCCAGACACCCAUAAACUGGCGGCCUGUUCCAGAAAUCAGCCCACCACCACGGACUCUACCUGCACCGGCCCCUCAGCCUAACGAUUUCAUGAAAGGGGUAGGCUGUAGGCAGGGAUUGGAUCCUGGGCCGUGUCGGGAGUACAGGGUUAUGUGGUACUACGACCCGGAGGCCAACGCAUGCGCACAGUUCUGGUAUGGUGGCUGCCAAGGCAACAGCAACCGCUUUGAGACAGAAGACCUUUGUCAAAACAUUUGUGUACAGACAUAACAUACCCUCACAAUGAAGCACAGGCCUUCAUUCAGCAGAUUCACAUCAAGCUGUGUCGACUGUGCGAUCAUGCACUAUGCAGAUACAUUUUCAUUGUCGUACAUGUGUUUUAUGAGACGAGUAGGGAUUCCUGCUACACUGACUGUAGAUCAGAUUUGUCCUUUGGGCCAACACUAUUUUAAAUAUUGUUUACUAGACUAGUGCUGCUCCAUUUUCUAGAAAAUAUCAUGUAUAUUCAAAGUACCACAUUUUUCCCUAGUCGCAUUGAAUGUUUUACGAAUUUCUUUAUUUUUUAAUAUUCCUUCCAUAGAAUACAUUUCUGUUAAUUGUGAUUUCUGUUAAAGGAAUAGUUCACCCAAAAAUGAGACUUUGCUGAAAAUGUACUCAUCCAUCAAGCC